ACGACACACAAUGACACAAAUCACUCGCACACACUAGCGCCAUAAAGAGAGAGACUCUCGUGUUCGAUUUCGCGUCAUACUUCAUUCUGUUUGGCUCGCAGACAAUACCACACACACUUACUACACUAACCAGCCGCCAGAGCCAUUGAACGACGAGGGCCAUGGCGGUAGGCGUUCUCGCUUUACAGGGAUCUUUCAACGAACACAUCGCAGCUCUUAGAAGGUUGGGAGUGAAGGGAGUGGAGAUACGGAAGCCGGAGCAGCUCGGGAACGUGAGUUCUCUUAUCAUUCCUGGCGGAGAGAGCACCACGAUGGCUAAGCUCGCCGAGUACCACAACUUGUUUCCAGCUUUGCGUGAGUUUGUCAAAAUGGGAAAGCCUGUUUGGGGGACCUGUGCAGGUCUUAUUUUCUUGGCAAAUAAAGCUGUUGGACAAAAGGAAGGAGGGCAGGAACUAAUUGGUGGUUUGGAUUGCACCAUCCAUAGAAAUUUCUUUGGCAGUCAGAUUUAUAGCUUUGAGGCAGAAAUUGCAGCAGCAGAGCUUGCAUCUAAAGAAGGCGGUCCUGAAACAUUUCGUGCAGUCUUCAUCCGCGCUCCUGCGGUCAUUGAAGCUGGGCCUGGAGUUGAAGUGCUUGCAGAGUAUCCUGUCCCAUCUAACAAUGUGUUGUACUCGAGUUCUUCUGUUCGAAUUCAAGAGGAGAAUGCUGCUCCGGAAAAGAAGGUUAUCGUUGCUGUAAAACAAAAGAAUUUGCUGGGCACGGCAUUCCAUCCUGAAUUGACAGCAGAUACUCGAUGGCAUAGUUACUUCUUGAAGAUGGCAUGUGAGUCAGGGGAAGGGGCCUCGAGUAGCAUUGUUGCAGUUGAGGGAGUGGACCUAAGCAGCAACUGUAAACAAAGAAAUGAACUUCCUAUAUUUCAAUAGGAGCAGCAAGAGUUAUAAAAUAUGUUUCUAAAUCUCUUACGUUAUUUUUCACUGAUAAAAUGAAAACAAUGCUCCUUGCAGAAAGCUCACAGUGUAGCGACGGGGUCUGAAAAAGGCAGGUGUACCCUUGGUUGCCUUUUAUUUUCACAAUGUUGGAUAUCUCUUGAUUUAGACUUUUUUUAAGCAUAUGCUUUUGGGCCAAUUGAUUUAGAUUGAGGUUGAUAUCUUUUGUUCUGCAUCCUGUGUAGUGUAUGUAAUGCUCACUGUGAGUAUCUAUUUUUAGUUUCCUUGAAUUCUGGAUAACCUUUCCAUUCAAUUUUUAGCAUUUGACAAAUCUCAGAAUGAAUGGAAGCUUACCCAACAGCCCAUGUAAAGGGACUGAGAAGGUACGUAUACAGCUUUUACUCUCACUUGUAUGUGUACAAGCUUGCCCAGUUUUGAAUGAAUUGGACGUCUCAUUCAAGUUUAUUUAGUGUGUACGAUUCGUAUCAUGGAAGAUUCUGCUUUUGUUUCUUCAUAAUUUUAA